GAUGCCUCAGCCGCUCGGGCUCGGCAUCAGUGAUCGGCGAUUCAGUUUCAGUGAGGCUUUAGCAGUCAUCGGGAGUAGCUGGGUUGCGCGAUGCUUAGUGUAAUCAUCUCCUUCCUGACGUGGUUGUACCUGGCGGCGGUACGAUGCGUGUUCAGACUCUUGUGGUUACCAACAGGACCUACCAAAUUUCUGUUGCCGCCAAUCGACGACCCAGCGCUUGUGCAGUCUGCCCGCACCCUGGCACUGUGGAUACGGCAGAGGAAGAGGAGUGCUGAGUCCAUCGUGGAGGCUUUCCGGCGGCGCGUGGAAGCAGUGAACCCAAUCAUCAACGCCGUCGUUGAUGAACGUUUCGAAGCUGCUCUGCUGGAUGCCCGGGGGAUCGACCAGCGGCUUGAUGCAUGCACGCAAGAAGAAAGGGAGGAGAUAGGGCGAGCCCAGCCACUACUUGGGGUACCGUUCACUGCGAAAGAAAAUGUUUUAGUGAAAGGGCUGAGCUGCACCCACGGGCUGGUACUGCGGCAGGGUAUGAAGGCUGAGCGGGACGCCGAGGUGGUAUGCCGUCUUCGGGAGGCAGGCGCCAUCCCGCUAGCUGUUACUAACGUACCGGAGCUCGGCAUGUGGAUCGAGUCCAGCAAUAUCCUGUAUGGCCGCACCUCCAACCCUUAUGACGUCAGUAGGACCCCCGGUGGCUCCAGUGGCGGCGAGGGUGCGUUGUUGGCUUCUUGUGGAACUCCACUCUCCAUUGGCACUGACCUGAUCGGCUCCAUACGAAUUCCUUCUUUCUAUUGUGGCACUUUUGGCCACAAGCCAACGUCAGGCUGGGUGUCGCUAGACGGUUGUAGAUGUCUUCCGUAUAAGAAUUACUUAAACAGGAAAAUUACAGUAACAGGUCCAAUGUGUCGUUCGGUGGGAGACUUGGUGGUGUUUCUGGAGACUGUGUCUCCCAGCGCGGCAGGUUUGGCGGCCAAGGUGGCGAAUACGGACAUCGGAGCACUCAAGAUAUGGUGGGUAGAUAGUCUGAACUCUCCCUGGUGCCGCCGCACGGAGCCGUCUCUAUGCGAAGCCUUGCACACUGCUCACUACCACCUGCACAACUCCUUCGGGGCCACUACUUGCCAGUUCCAGUGGCCGAUUGAUAUGGAACACUCAACUGACGUCUGGCGAAACAAACUGGCAGAAGAGAGCAAAGACGAAGCUAGCUUGCUCACCGAUAUGAAGAACCGUCAGGGCACCGUCAACUUACUGGAGGAGUGGCUGCGGUGGACGUUUGGGCGUGGGCGGCACAGCUUCAGCCUACUGACCGUCUCCACCUCAUUCAGAUAUUUUUAUAAAAAAUUCCUGGACCCACGCUUCAGCUGGAGAAAUACUCAGAAAAUUUUUUUGGAAAUCCUCGGCCAGAACAGCGUGCUGCUGACGCCCACGAUGCCUGCAGUGGCGCCCUUCCAUGGAGAACUUCAUUGCUUCUGGAAGGACAUGAGCUUCACCGCCAUCGCCAGUGCCACUGAGCUGCCCUGCACUUCCGUGCCUCUUGGCCUCAGCAAGGAAGGCUUGCCCCUGGGACUACAGAUAAUAACGACUCCAGGGAACGACCACUUGAGUUUGGCAGUAGCGGCGGCGCUAGAAGACAAGUUUGGUGGGUGGGUCUCCCCGUCACCAAUCAUCGUCUAGCGCAGAGGUUAUCAAACCAAAGCAUUCCGAUCCUGCUUAGGGUCGGGACCUUAAGUGGGAUCGGUAUGCUCAUUAAGUGAGUCAUGGGGUCGAUGGGGUCACUGAGAUAUCUCCAAGGCCUAUGGGUACGAAAUACCACAGCAGGGAUUACGAGACCAUGUCAUAUUCGUACUAGCGCAAAUGAUAAAUAAUAAUUGUCUUAAGCACCCUUAAACGAGCCACGACCGUUGAAUCCCCCUCUCCCUCACUCCAUUACUACACUUCCCGCUCUUACAUCGUCGUGAAAUCAGUGUAAUCUAAAUUCAAUUUUAUCUCCUUAUUUACUAAUUUAUUACAAAAUUUUCACAUCCUCAUUAUCGUCAGCACCAGA